AUGGCCCUCCUACUGAACAAAGCGGCGCCUCUGCUGUCUCGUAUGGCAGAGGUGUACGCCGUCGAGCCCCACUCCGUGCCAGUCUAUACGAGGUACUUCGACGUGACCAUCACGCCAGCCACGGUAUUUUUUUUCAAUGGUCAGCACAUAAAAAUAGAAAGCAGCAGGAGUGCCGACCACACCAAGUUUGUGGGCUCCUUCAAGACCAAGCAGGAUGUAAUUGACCUGGUGGAAGUGGUCUACCGGGGUGCCAUGCGAGGCAAGCUCAUUGUGACAUCCCCGAUCGAGACUUCCCACACACCUCAGUACAACCUGCUUUACAAGGACAUCUGA